AUCGUAAGCAUUAGUAAACCGAAAAGCAACAACAAAGGAAGCAACUUUUUUAGUUUCAGUUAAUGACCGUUUCAAAAUAACAACAUCCCUUUCCUAUUUCCUCCACAUGUUCCAUUAUAACCGAACCCACCUUUUGCGUCCUCACCGACAACACACAUCAAACCUCUCUCCCUUUGAUUCUCUUCUUUACGUCACUCUUUCUAUCUCCCCCUCUCUCUCUUUAUCUCGUUUUGCUUUUGUUCCCAUUGGGCUUAACACUCUGAGUCUGAAAUCGUGAUGGAUGACAAUGUGAGGUUGUCUAGGAAGAGCGAGUCCCCGAAAUCACCAACUAGACUGCAGAGGCAAGCACCCACGGCUCUGCAUCUUGAACGUGUUCCUAAUAACCCCUUUUUGCAGCAGUCUUCUGAUGUGAUUGCAGCGGCAGCGAUUCCUCUGCUUUCACCUCUCUUUGUGUCUCCAAGUCCACGCUCUUCUCUCUCUACAGAAGGGCACGAUUUCACGUUUCCGGUGGAAUUUACUGAGAAGAACGGAUCUCAGCCGUCAAUGGACCACAAGGAGAUAUGGCAAUAUUCGGCCAAGGUCGACCAUAGUAAUCAGAUGGCUCUCUUGAAUAUGUUUCAAACCAAGUUCGUGCUUGUAGACCACUCACAGUAAGGGGUUUAGCACUUAGGAUGGUCUUAGUGUCUUAGAAU